AUAAAUAAGAAAACAUGAGGCGUUGUUUUAGUGUAAGCCCCGCCCCCAGCAUAUACUUUAGUCUGACGACGUUUGAGACUUCAGAUCGAUUCCACACACCUGAGAGCACCAUUCACCUUUGGACAGGAAAAUCUGCCAAGAUGUGCUGCAAGGGUUUUCUCAAAGUUAUAAUGUUCGUUUUCAAUGGCGUCAUCUUUCUGGCAGGCGCUGCCAUAUUGGCAGUGGGCAUCUGGGUGGCAGUAGACAGAGUCUCUCUUCUGGGCUUUUUAGAGCACAUAGAAGAUGCGCCCCCUGAACUGGCAGGGGUGGCAAACAUCGGCUACCUGCUGAUCGGCGUGGGAGUGUUUCUGACGCUCGUGGGCUUCCUGGGAUGCUGUGGAGCCGUAAAGGAAAGCAAAUGCAUGCUGCUCUCGUUCUUCACCAUUGUGCUCGUUAUCUUCCUCGUGGAGGUGGCAGCGGCGGUAGUGCUCUUCGUCUUUGAGCCUUUGGUUCAGAAAGUUCUGGAUGAAAUUGAAGGAAAAGUUGCUAAAAGCAUUGAGGACAACUAUGGCAGCUUGGAGAGUUUCACUUCAGUCUGGAAUAGCACUAUGAAUGAGCUGAAAUGCUGUGGAUAUACAAACUACACUGACUUCAUGGGCUCUCAUUUCGUAAAUUCCACAUCAUUGUAUCCUGUCACAUGUUGCACAAACAGUUCUGGACCCUGCAAUGAAUUGGCAGCAAAAACAGAUAUUGUAGUGGGCUGCUUCCAGGCAUUAGUGAAUCUGGUCGAAGACAAUGCAAUUCUACUGGCUGGCGUGGCUUUGGGAAUCGCUGCUUUAGAGAUUGCAGCAAUGGUUGUUUCUAUGAUCCUUUACAAGAAUGUAGGAAAAUGAAACCAGGACCAACGACAUUUCUGUUUACAUCAUUGUUUACUGUGAAAUGUAACUAUUCAAUAUUUUAUCUGGAGUUAUGUAAAUAUAUGCUGCAUGU